AAUAUUUUUUGUUUCUAAAUUUAUUCAGAAAAAGACUUAGAAUUAUAUUAAUCAUAAAAUAGUAACUAGAGUACAAAUAUUGUUUUUGAUUUUAAAUUCUCAUUGAACAUUAAAGUUGAGUUCAUUGUAUAUCUGUAUUUCAUUUCCACAUUGUACUUAUUGUGUAUCUAAAAAAGGCGUCUUCUAGUACAUUUUUGUCUUCAUCUACAGAAAAGUGUUAAGUGAAUUAAACAAAAGCCAUAAUGGGUACUUUAUCGGAUUUUGGUCAAAUAGCAAUGAAAUGGGAUCCGAAAAAUUUGGAAAUUCGUACUAUGUCUGUAGAAAAAACACUGGAGCCGUUGGUAUUGCAAGUAACAACACUUGUAAAUACAAAGGGGCCAAGCAAGAAGAAAAAAGGUAAAUCUAAAAGAGCUAGUGCUUUAGUGGGUGCUGUAGAAAAGGCUACAGAAAAUUUUAUUCAAAAGGGUGAUCAAAUAGCAUAUGAAAAUCCGGAUAUUACUCAAGAAAUGUUAGCUGCUGUCGACGAAGUACGUAAAACGGGCGAUGCUAUGAGUAUUGCAGCUAGAGAGUUUUCUGAAGACCCAUGUAGCUCUCUUAAGCGAGGUAACAUGGUACGGGCUGCUCGAAAUUUACUUUCAGCUGUUACGCGUCUUUUGAUAUUAGCUGAUAUGGUUGAUGUACACUUGCUUUUGAAAUCAUUACACGUGGUCGAAGAUGAUUUAAACCGUUUAAAAAAUGCUUCAAGCCAAGAUGAGCUCUUAAACAAUAUGAGGCAAUUUGGCCGAAAUGCAAACGAACUCAUUAAGCAGGCAGCUAAACGUCAACAAGAACUUAAAGAUCCACAACUUCGUGAUGAUUUGGCUGCUGCACGAGCCAUGCUAAAAAAACAUUCCACUAUGUUGCUCACAGCUUCAAAAGUUUAUGUUCGACAUCCAGAAUUAGAUUUGGCUAAAGUCAAUCGUGAUUUUAUUUUGAAACAAGUAUGCGAUGCAGUUAAUACUAUAAGUGACGUAGCACAAGGAAAAUCUUGCCAACCAACAGACAUAUACAGUGGAGCUGGGGAAUUGGCUGCAGCAUUGGAUGACUUUGACGAGGGAGUUAUAAUGGAUCCCAUGACGUACAGUGAAAAACGCUCUCGUCAAUUAUUGGAAGAACGUUUGGAGAGUAUAAUUAGUGCAGCAGCCUUGAUGGCCGAUGCAGAUUGUACAAGAGAUGAGCGAAGAGAGCGUAUUGUUGCAGAAUGUAAUGCUGUACGACAGGCGUUACAGGAUCUUUUAUCGGAAUAUAUGUCCAAUAUGGGACAAAAGGAUAAUAGUCCUGGAUUAGAUAGGGCUAUUGAUCAAAUGUGUAGGAAAACUCGAGAUUUAAGGCGUCAAUUGCGUAAGGCUGUAGUUGAUCAUGUUUCGGAUUCAUUCCUAGAAACAACUACUCCGCUUAUUGAACUUAUUGAGGCCGCUAAAACGGGUAACGAGAAAAGAGUUCGUGAAAAAGCUGAUAUUUUUACUAAACAUGCUGAGAAAUUAGUAGAAGUUGCUAACCUGGUCUGCAGUAUGUCUAACAAUGAGGAUGGCGUAAAAAUGGUACGAUAUGCUGCUGCCCAAAUAGAAAGUUUAUGUCCUCAAGUCAUAAAUGCAGCAUCAAUUUUAACUGUGCGACCCAACUCGAAAGUAGCACAAGAAAAUAUGACAGCAUAUCGUCAAGCUUGGGAAGUUCAAGUUCGUAUUUUAACAGAAGCUGUGGAUGAUAUCACUACUAUUGAUGACUUCCUAGCCGUAUCUGAAAAUCAUAUAUUGGAAGAUGUCAACAAAUGUGUCAUGGCAUUGCAAGUCGGUGAUGCCGAAGAUUUGAGAACAACUGCUGGAGCUAUCCAGGGGAGAUCAGCUCGUGUUUGUAAUGUUGUUGAAGCAGAAAUGGAUAAUUAUGAACCAUGUAUUUAUACAAAACGUGUUCUUGAAGCUGUAAAAGUUCUAAGGGAUCAAGUUAUGUCGAAAUUUGAUCAACGUGUUGAGGCUGCAGUUAAUGCACUUUCAUCUAAUUCCAAUAAAGAUGUUGAUGAGAAUGAUUUUAUUGAUGCAUCUCGCCUAGUUUAUGAUGGUGUUCGUGAAAUAAGGCGUGCAGUGCUUAUGAAUAGGGAUGAAGAUGAACUUGACCCUGAGGACGUGGAAUUGGACGACCCAUAUAAUCUUGAGACUCGAAGUAAAUCAAGUGCUCAUACUGGAGAUCAAACUGUUGACGAAUAUCCAGAUAUUAGUGGAAUAUGCACAGCUAGAGAAGCUAUGCGAAAAAUGACUGAAGAAGAUAAACAGAAAAUAGCUCAACAAGUUGAACUAUUCCGACGAGAGAAGCUUACAUUUGAUUCUGAAGUAGCAAAGUGGGAUGAUACUGGAAAUGACAUUAUUUUUUUGGCCAAACACAUGUGCAUGAUAAUGAUGGAAAUGACAGAUUUUACACGUGGUCGCGGUCCAUUAAAAACUACUAUGGAUGUUAUUAACGCAGCAAAAAAAAUUUCUGAGGCUGGUACUAAACUAGAUAAAUUGACUCGAGAAAUUGCAGAACAGUGUCCUGAAAGCUCUACUAAAAAGGAUUUAUUGGCCUAUUUGCAGCGCAUUGCAUUGUAUUGCCAUCAAAUUCAAAUUACUUCCAAAGUUAAAGCUGAUGUUCAAAAUAUAAGUGGAGAAUUAAUCGUUUCUGGCUUGGACAGUGCCACAUCUUUAAUUCAGGCAGCAAAGAAUUUAAUGAACGCAGUCGUUCUAACAGUUAAAUAUUCAUACGUUGCUUCUACCAAAUAUACCCGUCAAGGAACCGUUACGUCACCAAUUGUUGUAUGGAAAAUGAAAGCUCCUGAAAAAAAACCAUUGGUAAGACCUGAAAAGCCGGAGGAGGUUCGAGCUAAAGUCCGCAAGGGAUCACAAAAGAAAGUGCAGAAUCCAAUACAUGCAUUGUCAGAGUUUCAAAGUCCUGCUGAUGCAGUUUAAAGCCGAUUAACUGUGAAAAUUAUAAUAAUUUCAAUAAAGUAUGUUAUACGCACUAAAAAUACACAUCUCAUAUAAACGUAAAAAUUUCAAUAAAUUUCUAUUAACACUUAUCAUUUACAAUAAUUAAAAUAUCCAUGUAGUAUUGUAAUACAUAAGCAAAACUGGGAAACUGUUAGCAAAAAAUUAUACCUAAAUAAACGAGUAUUAUUCAACUUUCA